CGGUCCGCCGGCGCCGUCCGACCGACCGACCGGCUUAGCACGGGCUGCGAUCCUUCGCUCGCCAAGGGCGAAUCGCGAAGCCGCGUCGGCUGUGCCACCACCCUGCCUCGUGCCCACCAGGCUGCCCACGGGUGCUAUAGUCCGCUGAGAAAACACUCGUUGAAAAACUGACCAGAACUCGACGGACGCAGCCGGCGGGCCGAGCCUCCCGAUGCCGUCGCCGGUGUUCGGACCGGGUACCGCCGUAGUCAAUCCGCAGCGCCACUAGUCGCCGCCAGACAGGACGGCAGAGACGAAGACGACCGCCGACCGGGCCGUCAUCCUCAAUGGAAGCGUCGACGCGUCUAGGAGAACUCUGAGCCGCCACGGUGAGGGCGGGUGGUGGCGGCGGUGUGUCUAGUUUUUGCUGCCUCGAGUUGGCCCCGUGGCUUCGAAUCGAGAGCCCGGAACUUGGCAGUCAAAGCCCGACUCGGAAGAAGAAGACCGCAAUACGAGAGACGAGCAACGGCCACCCCAUCGCGGGUAUCUUGGCGGCCAUCAAGGAAAGCUUCGACGUUCGUCUUGUAAGUGGUUGACUAACAACAGACAAGGCCAACAUGCCUCUGGGGGUCGGAAGAGGAAACCUUUUCGACCAGGGCAUGAACGGACCUGGACGGCUGCCCGAUGGUGGGGGCGAGUCGCUGGAGAUGCCGACCAUCAAGGCACUCAAGAACCUGCCACCACCAGAUCUGGUCAAGCGCCUGAAGAAACAGGAGGACGAGAAGGGCUUCAUGAAGCAUGACGAGCUGCAGGAGGAGUACUACGAGAGCACGGGCGUCGUGCCCGGCGGAGAGCCGGGCGCCGAAGGCGGCAAAAGGUGGCGCCGGCUGCUGGAGCCCAACUGCCCGUGCUGCGACAUCUCGAAGCGACUCACUGUGGCCCUGCUCAGCUCCAUAGGGUUCCUCAUCUCGUUCGGCAUCCGCUGCAACAUGGGCGUCGCCAUCGUCAAGAUGACUGCGAACAACUCGGACACAAUGAAAGCCGAGUUCGACUGGUCCCCAGAGACCAUCGGCGUGAUCGACUCGUCUUUCUUCUGGGGCUACCUCAUCACACAGGUGCCCGGAGGAUUCCUCGCAGCCAAAUACCCCGCAAACAGGGUUUUUGGCACCGCAAUAGCUGUGUCAGCGUUCCUCAACAUGCUCAUUCCUGGAGCGGCCAAAAUUGGCUUCACGAUGGUCAUGAUGGUCCGCAUUCUCCAAGGUCUCGUUGAGGGCGUGACGUACCCGGCGUGCCACGGCAUCUGGAGACAUUGGGCGCCGCCCCUGGAGAGGAGUCGUCUGGCGACGCUAGCCUUCUGCGGCUCGUACGCCGGCGCCGUCGUCGGUAUGCCCCUUUCGGGCAUCCUAACCGACUACGUAGGAUGGCAAGCCUGCUUCUAUUUCUACGGCGUGUUCGGCGCCAUCUGGUACGUCUUCUGGCUGUGGCUCUCGUUCGAGAAGCCCAGCAGGCAUCCGACCAUCACCCAGGCGGAGCUCAUCUACAUCGAGAACAGCCUCGGGCAGGUCAAUCAGAUAGCGCCCACGUUGAAGACGACUCCUUGGAAAAACAUCUUCACAUCGCUGCCAGUGUAUGCCAUCAUCGUGGCUAACUUCUGUCGUAGCUGGACCUUCUACCUGCUCAUCAUAUCGCAGCCCAUGUACUUCGGACAGGUCUUCCACUUCGAAGUGGACAAGUCGGGUCUCGUGGGCGCCCUGCCGCACCUGUGCAUGACGCUUGUCGUGCCCCUGGGAGGCCAGCUGGCCGACUACCUGCGAACGCGCCAGAUACUCAGCACCACAGUCGUCAGAAAGAUCUUCAACUGUGGAGGCUUCGGCAUGGAAGCCGUGUUCCUCCUGGUGGUGGGCUACACCCGAAGCACCCCUGUAGCCAUCUCAGCGCUGACACUGGCCGUGGGAUUCAGUGGUUUCGCCAUAUCAGGUUUCAACGUGAACCACCUGGACAUCGCCCCUCGGUACGCAAGUAUCUUGAUGGGGCUGUCGAACGGCGUUGGCACACUGGCCGGCAUGCUCUGCCCCAUCGUGGUGGAGUACAUCACUGACAAGAAGAUCCACGGCGGUGACGACGCGUCCCGCUGGGAGAAAGUGUUCCUGAUCGCGAGCCUGAUCCACUUCGGUGGCGUCAUCUUCUACGGCAUCUUCGCAUCGGGAGAGAAGCAGCCGUGGGCAGAGCCUCCGCGCGAGGAGGAAGGACCCUCGUGGAAUCCGCUCGAGAACGCCUUCAAGGAGGACUCGACGGCGAACAGUGGGACGCAGCAGCAGUCCUUCCAACGGCAGACAUCUUACGGCGCCACGGCCGAAACAAACUUCCCCGUGUACGAAACCCGCGAGGAGCGCGUCCAGGAGCCGUCCCGGGACGCGUACGACCAGAGGGACUUCUAGCCGGAGAAGAAUAAAGGCGGACGGGUACUGCGAAGACGUGGGCGGAGACGUCGAAGCACCGCCGAGUCGAACACGAACGGAAGGAGGGAGUGCGACGACAAGCGUGACAAAGAAUGGAGGAACCGCGGGCGCCCACGGGACACCGUCGGCGACAAAGAGAGACAACGCGCUCGUGGCGACGACACCACGACACGACGUCCCGCCACGACGCGGCCACCGCGGUCCGCCAGGAACGACGACGCCCAGCACGGAGCCAAGCCGAUGGCGACGACCGACGAAAAGCAAGGACAGCACACGCCGCGCGACGCUGCGGCCUUUUUCGUAACCUGCCGUGUUCGAUGAGUUUGGUUCUGUCCUUCCAUCCUCAGUUUCCUGUUAUCCCUCGCCGGCGAAGCGAAACGCAGACAGCACCGGCGGGGGAAAAAAAAGAAGAAAUCGCGUGAAGGUGAACAAAAGAUUCCGAGUUGACCGGCCCACAGCUACGUAUACUCCGCCUCACUAAUUUUGUGCAAUGCAGCGAAACUCGCCAGCCAGUCAUGAGCGAGAGAACUGCUGAAUUCACCAGUUCGACUGCUCUGAUUGGCUGAAAGGGCGGUUACACCCUCUCUGGUCAGCUCAAAGAAAAUUAUUUCGGCAGCGUGGCAGAACUAGGCACGGUAGGAUUGAAGGCCGGCAAGGCAAGAACCAAACGGCCAGUCUUCUUUCCUAGUUGACUCGGGCGACACGUAGUUUUUCACUACGCCGUGCGAAAUUGGUGGGACGAAGUGCGCGUAGACAUCAGUUCGGCUCGGCGGGCCGUUACAGUUGAUCGAACCUCGGAAUGGUUAUCGCUACGAAACGACGCGAGUAAAAAAUAUGAUAUGCAAAAAAAAGUGAAGUGACUUACAAGCAGGCCCGGGAACCAUAUGUACUGCACGAUUUGUUUCCUUUGUUUCAUUACUGAACAAAACAAGUAACACUGAUGCGCACAUUGAAAGUUAUCGUGUGGUAUCGUGCAAUCUUGGCCUCUGUAAAUCUGCCGUUAAGUUACUUCAGCGCUUAAUCCACUUCGACACUGAUUAUCUUGCGAAGCCGUAGACUCGCGUGACACGUUCAUUCUGUAUGCACAAGCGAUUGUUCUGAAAAUGAAAGAAAUUCUCUUCUCCCACUGCGAGGUCUAAAGUGCGAUGCAAGUUCGGACGUUUCUCUUUAGUCAAGUAGUAUCAGCCAAGAUCAGCCAGCGCAGGAAUUGUGUUCUACUUAUCCGAACUACGCGAUAUCGCCUCGAUGUGCGCAGCAUGUGAAACUCAGAGUCCGUGCGUCAUUCAUGCACACCUCUCAAUGCGAUAAAACGAAAAAAAAGAUUUCUCAAUUGUGAGGCAGCCCGGUGAGUAUCUUAUCUUUGGUACUUUAAACGACAGUCCGACACACUGCAUUCCUCGUUACUAUACCUUAAGUUCUAGCUAGCAAAUGAGAAAAUAAAGAAAGAGAGUACGGAACUCGCUAGGACGUUGAUAUUCGCAGGAAUGUCGCCGAGACGAGAUGCAGUUGGCUAGGAUGAUAUACACUACAAGAAAUUUGUAAAAGAAAAAAUGUCUCCUAGAAGGAAACUGACAGUGCCGUAAUGGCGGUCUGGCAGCUACCGCGCGUAACGAUGUCGUUGACUGGGAGGAAGAAAAAAGGAAUAAACAGUCAGGUAGACGUACAGUAAAUAAAUGUUAUAGGAACGAUCGCUCCGCCGCUCACCUGCGUAAAAAAAAAAAGAAAAACGCCGACUGGUUUUUUUCCAGCACUCCGGGUUCCGUUCCGACGGGCUGAGAAGCACCGGCGCAUAGGCAGAGGUAAAAAAAAAUGGAAAGAAAUAACGACAGUGGUUGUGCCAUCACUGACCUCCUUCCAAGCCGCCUUCCCGGUGUAAAACGUGGCGACAGCGGCUGCCUCUGUAGAACCGGUGGCGUCCCCUUCGCUGCUCUACGGCAAGAGAGUCGGGAGCGUGGUGGGUUUUAGUCCGCGCCACGACCCACGCAUCGCCGCUAGCUAUGUGCGUCCACUUCGUUUGCGCAGACCCCGCUGUUGCGCGCAGCGCAAACGGAAGCAUUUCGGGGGAGUAGUCGCAUGCCGCUGUUCUCUCUCUCUCUCUCUCUCUCUCUCUCUCUCUCUCUCUCUCUCUCUCUCUCUCUCUCUCUCUCUCUCUCUCUCCGUAUGAGAGAGAGAGAUAGAGAUAAAAGAGAUUAGAAAGUGAGGGAGGUUAACCGGAAGAUAGAUAUCCAGUUUGCUACCCUGCACUGGGGAAGGGGUGAGGGGAGACAGAAAGAUGUUAAAAAAUGGUGCGCACACAUGAAAAGAGUGACUUUACAAAACUCGGUAGUGAGCUGAUGCUAGGAAACUGGCUCGUCGUGGCGCAUUCUUUCUUUCUUUUUGUCAGUUGGCCUCGAAAAUCGAGCAAUAUAAGUAUGUGCCGAGUUAAAUAAAUAAAUAAACGAAGAUAGUGACAUGCGCAAGACUCUGUUACACAAACGCACCCGGCAAUCACAGAGGGAACUGUGUUCUAUCUUUUUUUUUCUUUACUUAACAUUACGCGAACGCAGCGUUCUUGCAAUCGUCAUUCGAGGGCGUGAGAAGUGCAAUUUCUCGCUGGCGGCCAUGCACCACGCAGCGAUAUCAGGUAGGGGAGCUGCUCGGAAAGAGGUCAUUCGAAAAGCCAGAAAAAGAAUUUUACGCGUUCACAGGCGAAACUCAAAAGCAAGGUAAAGCUCUCCAGAGUGUCCAAACGACUAAGCACACAUCGACAAGCGUAAAGGGAAAAAAAACAGACGAUCUUAUUGCGGGCGAAAAACAAAAACAUCGAAAUAUAGGUGCGGGGCUUAGGGGGGUAACCUAAGAAAGCGAAAACGAAGAGCCCAGACAUCUAGCGCGUAGGCCCUGACAGAAAAGGAAAAUGAAAGAACUGAAUUCGUGAACUCUGCGAGACGUUGUGCACAGAGGCAGCCGCUGAGUGCGUGUACCCGGUAUACGUGAAGUUCUCCCGCUCGGUUUCCCGUAGCUUAGACUCGUGUACAUAAAUAGUGCUUCGACGUGAGCAGGCCAUACCACGAUACCACAAAGCAAUAUAGCGUCCGAACGGCUCCCGCAGUAACGAAAGCAGACGCAUACAGCAGGGCGUGACCGGGUCAACUGUCUCUAUCUCUCUCUCUCUCUCCCCCACCUCUGUGCUGUAACGGUCGAAGCAAGCAGGCGAGGCGGAGAGGAUCGGUGGCGUCUGGAAUGCACGAGCAGUGUCUCAGCCGAAAGUACGUAAUGCUGAUGCUGACGCUGCUACUGUUGCCGUUUUUGCUGGACCGGUGCGAGACUCGUGCAGACACGAUGAUCCGACCGGCAGCGCGGGUCAGUAUACAGCUGUGUGCUCACUGAAGCCGCGUGUGAAACCGUGUGUCUCGAUAUUGUGCCUGACGCUCGCAGUGUCUGACCGUGUAUGCCUUGACGGGUACUGCCCAAAGGGUGGCUCGGGUUUCUCCUCAAGCGAAUUCCCGCUUGCAUCGUUUCUGUUUGUGGCAUGGCCGGCUGAUUCCGUUUAAGAUAGUGGCAGGAGGUCGCCCGGUGGUAGUGGGAACUUCCUCUGAGGGCGAAUUAAUUGCCCCCGUUGCAAUCAUCCCGCUCGGGCAGGUGCCAAAGCGCAUGGGGCGCACCACGUGUGCGCCCGGAACCCGAAAAAUUUUCGGCAGCGCAAGCACAGUACAGCCCUGAACGUGACAUAGUGAUUAUCUCUGCAGACGGUAACCACGCUGCGAUCUCUGAUGUCGGCGCCCAUGCUCAGCAAACAGGCAGGCAUGCGGGACAUGGCUUCAGGGUGACCCACUGAGAGUGCCUGAACCCCUGUUUCAGUUCGUGUGCACUCGAUCGUGUUCGGGCGGUGCUACAACUAUAUAGAGACUCCUGACGGACCCGUCUAAGCCCCGAAGAAUGCGUGAAUCGAACCGUUGCGCAAGAAAAGCGCAUCGUUUGUACUUGUUCGUCGCUGAUUGCUGCUGCGUCGGCUCGCGAAAUCUUGACGGUCUCUGCAUUGCUCUGAUCUCUCUGAAUGGGAUAUGACAGUGCGACGGGCCCGGUGCUGCAGAGCUUGCUGCAAGGUGCAACAAACAAUUUUUAUUAUGUCUUUUUUUUUUACUUUGUUCCCCAAUUGCGUCCUCCACCACCACACUUUUCUCACUGAAACUAGUUUUCCAACAGUUUCGACUACUAUAUUUGUAAUACCCUUUCAACCACAGUGCAUUAUUCCUCGACGCAGUUGAAAUUACGGCGUUAUGCCAUCGCGUCGUUCCUUUCUUGUCUGUGGGUGCACGCCAGUGCUGCCGCUGACUUCUCACAACGCGUGAAGUUAGUGUCUUGUAGGCGAUAGGCAGUCGUCUGCCACAUAUGACAAUAUCUGGCCAGCCCGAACACCUCACCAUUCGCAUCGUCCUAGCCCCGCCGUUUCGAUAUAUAUUUCGUUACUGCUUCCUUGAAUUGCAAAACGAAGAAACUAUAGACAAGGACGUUCGUGACGAAGGUGGCAAAUGAAGGCAACAUAUAUGGUAUCCCGAUUCGAUAAACCACCUGUACCGGCGAAAAGCCGAGUAUCCGGACUGCAAGAAAGGCCAAAGGCGUCUGGAAUCGAAUUCCCUAAUUCAAAACAUCCGCAGCCUCAAAACGAACGGAAAACGUAUGCUUGUGACUAACACGGGACAAACGUGCAACGAGGACAAUAAACGUUUAGACAUACUUCAUUGCCCGUUCGUUUCAAAACAAGAAGCGGACGUGGUACUUUUUUUUUUUUGCACGAACUCAGCCAACUGCGUUUUCGUUUAUCUGCAUGCCUAGCGGCUACAGUACAUCAUCUCAUCGGCAUUUUUGAGCGAGUGCUACGAAACUUUGCCUUUCGACAUUACACCCGCUGCGCCCUACAGCUGGCAGCGAUUUUAUACUAACCGCUUGUCAAGGAUCAUUAGCAACGGCUAUUCUAUACUGUACUAGUGGAAGCCUUCCGCUUUGCCCGAAUUAAAGCACCGCACCACAUGGAUUGUGUUGGACCGGAAAUAACUCUCAGACAAUUGUGAAAGAGUCGCCACGUGGUCCAUUGGAGACCUGUACUCCAUACAAAUGUCCAGUGCUGUCCUUGAUUAGAAUAGCAUACAUCCCCUACCAUUUUCUUUUUCAGUUUCUGGGAAAAUGUGGCUAAGUCUACGAGUUUCGAGGUCUAUCGAAGCUAUGGAAUAACGUUUUAGCGACCACUAUUAACCGCAAUAUGUGUAGGAUUUCUAUUGAUUCGACACGCUUCUACGCAACAUCACGUAAGGAGGCGUCCUUUAAGUGAGUAAGUAAAAUUGAGCGGUCGAUUAUCGAGCUUUUCGGCUUUCCGGGACUACUAUGUUAAUGACAUCCUUAACAAGUUCUGCAUCGCGCCAGUGGACAUUCACGCCGUCAGUUACCAGAUACGGACCGUUUGACCAAAUUCGCCAACCUGGCAGUCUGAACCACUAAUGGCUAAAACAGCAGUAGCACCAGGCGCCACUGGCACAGUAGAACGAAGCCUCAAAACUGAGCUUAAAGCACAGUAGUAGCAUUUCGUUUUGCCCGUGCUGUUUGGCAACGGCCACAUUAUAUCACAUAGCCAUUUUAUAUGCGAGUUAGAGAGAGAGGAGGUAUCUGUGAUAAAACGGCCGCGGCUGUUGCACGCACGCUUUUUGUCCGCGCGCACAGAA